AUGGAGGAGGCCAUUUCCUUGAUCCUUCGUGGGUGUUCUUUGGCGAGAGAAUUGGAAUUCAGUGUUCUCAAUAAUAAUGUUAAUUUCCGGCAGCCCCAGAUGGUGGCGCAGUCGUGUGAUGAGAUUUUGAGCGUUUUUGCCGCCGCCAAGGACCGCCUGAGCAGCCAUGAACGGCCGCCGUCAGACGUCGGGUUGGAGGAGUGGCUGAGAUCCACCUGCUCGCAGGCCAUGGAGCUCGCGCAAAUGCAGAUGAGGACGCCGGUGGCCGCGGUGGCCGUGGCGCCGCCAUUGCCCGUGACCAUGGAGGAUUCUGGCAAGAUGGUCGGAAUUGGUUUGGCUUCAUCGUCGCAAAAAGGACGAACACGGAAAUAUGAUAUGGAGAAGAGGACGGUGCGAGUGGCGGCGCCGCUUAUCGGAAACACAGAGCUUCCGCCAGACGAUGGCUUUACAUGGCGGAAAUAUGGUCAGAAGGAGAUCCUCGGCUGUCGAUUUCCCAGAGGCUAUUUCAGAUGCACUCACCAGAAGCUCUACCACUGCCCCGCGAAGAAGCACGUGCAGCGCCUCGACGCCGAUCCCCACACGUUCGAAGUCACCUACCGCGGCGACCACACGUGCCACAUGUCCGCCACGGCGCCGUCCGCUGCGCCGCCGGACGUCGCCUGCAGCCAACACAUGGCACAGUUCCGCUCCCCAUCCGGCGGAUGGCUUUCCAUGGACUUCGGCUCUGCAACUGGGUCCGGCGCUCCGGCCACCGCCCGGUACGGCAGAGACGGCGGCGGCGACCAGUUUCCGGUGCUGGACAUGGCCGACGCCAUGUUCAACUCCGGCAGCUGCAGCAGCAACAGUAUGGACUCCAUCUUCGCCGCUUGUGUGGCGGAGGAACACCACAAGUGGGACAAAGACGACCACAAGAAUUAGUCAAAGUUCUUUUUCGAUUUAGGUUGAAAUUACAAAUUUGGUCUCCUGAAUUUCAUGUUUAUUUAGUCCCGAUACUUCCAAAAUUAAAUUUUUCAUAUUUUAGAACCAAGAGAUGGUAUAUAUAUUCUU